UUUACCUGCUUAUAUCUUUUGAAUGGGGAGUAUUUUAGGUGUGCUUAAAAAUUAAAAAGUUUAUUUUUCUGAGGAAUUUAGAUGUUGACGUUCUUUAGAUAUAAGUAAAUAAGAAUCAUUGUUGUUACCAUCCCUUGGUUCAUGGAGUUGUUGGAUGAAUUCCCGAUUUCCCAAAGGUUUUAUUUUUUGUGUUUAGUAAAUGUCAUGUUACUUUAAGAAGUUGUUCAUUUACAUUGCUGUGCUUUUAAAAAAGAGAUUUUAAAUAAUAGUGCAAGAAAUUCACAACUUUGCCAUUUAAGUUCUUCUGAACUUCACAUGAAGCCAUUUUAUCUCUACAAUGGCUUUUCAGUAAUUAGAUUAUUUCAGUACCAUUUAAUCAUACCCAAAAUGUAUCGUUAUUUUAUGAUAAGUAUUAAAAAAUAUUUCUUGAGACUCUCCAUGUAAAUGUUUUAGAGCUUCUGAACCAAUUCUAUGAACAUAUUCACAGGAUUAUGUGCUUAUCUAUCUUAACAGAUUUUUAUAGCUGAAGUUUUUCCAGGUUUCAGAAUUAGUUGACUAAUUGACUUCAUUAGUUUAACUAUAAUUCUAGUGAUUUCCAUUAGUAAUUUUAAAAGAGCAUAAACAGUUUAAAAGAAUGGGUGAUAACAUACUGAAGAGGGAGCAACACUUACAUCAAAUGAAUAUAGAGUUGGAAAUGAAAACCAAGGAACUGUGGAAAGAGAUGGAGGAUGUUUUGAAGAAUCCCCACUUCCAGAAGUUCCAAGAGCGCUCAGAGAGGGGUGUAGAUUCACGUCAAGAUUUUGCAUCUUUCAAAUUUUCUGAAAAUUCUUCUCUUGAAGCAUUAUCCAGGAAGAGCAAGACAAAUGCUCCAAAACAAUCUGCAAUGUGGCUGAGUUCUAUGCAGACUUCAAGCCUAGGAUCCACUGGUGAUCUGAUGAAAACAAAUACAGCAACUGCUGAUGAAAGUCAUCCAACUCCCAAGUCAGUAAUGUAUAACAGGUCUUACACCACACCGGAAUAUUCUCGGGAUGAUGUUAUACCAGAAGAAGGUCGAGGAAUGGGAGAACAAGCCACUAUUCGUUUUCUGAAAGCGAAAGCGAAAGUCUUGCAAGAAGAAUAUACUGCACUACAAACAAAUUAUAAGAAACAG